GAGAAGCUGCGCACGCAGGGCUCGAUGACCCAGUCGCACUCGGAGGUGUCGCGCGUCAAGAACCUCGACCGCAUCGCCAUCGGGCGCCACCUCGUCGAGGCGUGGUACUUCUCGCCCUACCCGGUCGAGUACGCCCACACGCCCGUCCUGUACGUGUGCGAGUUCUGCCUGUCGUUCUACGCGAGCGAGAAGCAGAUCGAGCGUCACCGGCACAAGUGCACCCUGCGCCACCCGCCGGGCAACGAGAUCUACCGCCACGAGGACAUCUCGUUCUUCGAGAUCGACGGCCGCAAGCAGAAGACGUGGUGCCGCAACCUGUGCCUCCUGUCCAAGGCGUUCCUCGACCACAAGACGCUCUACUACGACGUCGACCCGUUCCUGUACUACGUCAUGUGCCACCGCGACGAGACGGGCGUCCACCUCGUCGGCUACUUUUCCAAAGAAAAGGAAUCGGCCGAGAACUACAACGUCGCGUGCAUCCUCACGCUGCCCCAGUACCAGCGCAUGGGCUACGGCAAGCUCCUCAUCGAGUUCUCGUACGAGCUCAGCAAGAAGGAGGGCCGCCUCGGCUCGCCAGAGAAGCCCUUGUCCGACCUGGGCCUCCUGUCGUACCGCGCCUACUGGGCCGAGACGAUCGUCGACGUCCUCGUCAACACCAAGGAGGACAUCACGAUCGACGAGAUUGCCAACAAGACCGCCAUCGUGCACUCGGACAUCAUCCACAC